AUGGCGGAGGAUCGUGGGGCAUUAAACCGAGGGAUUAAAAGGGCAAGAACGCGGCAUGGAUGCUUGAACUGCAAGAUCAGAAGGCGCAAGUGUGAUGAAGUGAAGCCGACAUGCUCGCGUUGUGCUGCAAAAAACGACAAAUGCGAAUGGACUUCUCGCCUCACCUUCCGAGCCGAGAAUGCGUUAGCAAUUCAUCCAUCACUAUUGCAUCAGCCCCCGGGAUUUCCGCCUAAGCGUUUCAGGAUUAAAGAUGUUACUGCAGAAGUCAUGCGGGACUACCAGUGUGACAAGCCAGGAGAUGGGCCCGGCGCUUGUGAUCAGUCUGAUAACCAGCUGGUUAGUAGUUACAGCGAUCUCUCACCUACCACGAUCGAUGAUCGGAGCAUUUUAUUUCAAAAUGACUCGUGCUGGCCGAAAAACACAUCGCAUACGAACACUGAGGAUAUCCCGAGUCAGGCUCGACCCGAAGGAUACGUACCCAUACCUGUUUCUGCAGAUACAGAGGUGGCACGGAACAGUCCGGUAAUUGCCGCACACCCAGACAACACAAUCUUUCUUCCGGGAUCUGCAUACCUCGACGCUCAUGCCGCAUUGAGAAGUCAUCUGAAAGAAAAGGCACGAUCCAAUGAUCAUACCCCAGAAGCAUCGCGCGACUCUUCAAAGGACACUCGCAUAUGUUCUGUAGACACCGAUUUCGAUACAGUGACAAAAAAAGGCACCAUGCAACUCCCAUUUGACCCUGUCAUUGGCGGGGAACCGAGCCCUACUCAAUUAUCAGUGUUUCAGCUAUCAGCUGAGAAAGAACUUGAGUUGUGGAAGAAUUGGCUUGAUGAAAUAGCGCCUUGGAUUGACAAGUUUGAUGGUGAACGCCAUUUUCAGCACCAACUCCCGAUACUGGCACGUUCCCACGAGCAUCUGAAGUACUCAAUACUAGCGUUAUCAGCACGACAGCUUGAGGUCAAGAAUCGCAGCAUACACACUGAGCAAAGCUUAGCUUUGUACCAAACAGCCAUCCAACUCGUCCUACCGCAUCUACAUACACGCAGCAUGGGAGUUAUAGCAACAUGCGCGGUAUUGUGCGUGCUAGAGAUGCAAAGCAGUUCAUCCAGGGUGUGGCACCAGCAUUUGGAUGGCUGUGCACAUUUGAUUGAAGCAGCUGGAAUCAAUGGCUUCUCUGGUGGCCUUGAACAAGCCUUGUUCUGGUGCUUCGCUCGUAUGGAUGUAUGUGGUGGACUUAUUUCCUCAUCCAAAACGCUCAUACCUGUUGAGCGCUGGGUCUUGGGUAUGGGUCUUGACGCUGAUGUGCAUCUCUUUCGAGCGAAGAAAGGAUACAACACUCACGCAUGUGAAGUGGUCUACCUGUGUGCACAAAUACUCGACUUGCUCUCUUUCCAUCCAAACUUGGCCCGGCGGGCUGGUGUCUCACUCGAUACAUCAGAGAUUCGAGAUGAAGCCUAUAUGGCGCGGUGGAUGAGGCUUUGGAACCAUGUUUCUGCAUGGCAUGCUACGCGUCCAGCAGAGAUGCUCCCUAUAACAUCUCUCACAAACCCCACAUGGCCAUUUCCCAAGAUCCUGUAUAGCAACCCUGCCGCCAUCUCGGGGAACCAACUUUACCAUACAGCAUGCCUUCUUAUGCUUAAGCACAAGCCUGCGGGGGUCACUAUUACGCCUAAGCCGAACUCUAUCUUCUGGCAUGCACGUCAGAUCUGCGGGAUAUCGAUGAGCAAUGACCACCACGGUGCGUGGACCAAUGCGAUACAACCUUUGUGGAUCGCGGGCCAAUGGAUGAGUCACGAGAGCGAGCACAAGGCUAUCUUGCAGCUAUUAGAAAAGAUUGAAGUACAGUCGGGGUGGGGUACAAAGUGGCGGGCAGAAGACUUGAAAGAGUUCUGGGGUUAG